CAUUGUCAUGUAAAGAGGGACCACCGCCUCGCUAUUGUCUCGCGGACUGCCAAGUUUAUUAUAAACGCUGCGCGAGCUGCACCGGGCGGAGCGGAGCAGAGCGCGAGACAGAGACAGAGAGAGAAAAUAGAGAGCUCGAGCACAAGAAGACUGUGGAUGUGCAUUUGGAGCGAGAAAAGAAGGGAGAGAGUGAACAGAGAACGUCAAACCGUAAACACUGUCACGCACCGGAGGGAGUGGAGUUAAUUUCAUAGAGCUUAGCUGCACGUGUUGUUGUUUGGUACCUGGUGCCCUUAGUACCCGUACCGUAACCAGCUGACCACCGACUCUACCCGGAAACCUCGCUUCGCGCACCCGUCUCCACAUGUACAAAAUGGAUUACUCGUACCUGAACACGUACGACUCGUGCAUGGCAGCGAUGGAGGCGUCAGCGUACGCGGACUUCAGCUCGUGCAGUCAGGCAAACACGUUCCAGUACAACCCGAUCCGCACGAGCUUCGGCGCGAACCCGGGCUGCGCGCCACUCGGUACAGCCAGCUGCAGCCUCGGCGCACUGCGCGAGCACCAGCCGGCACCAUACACCGCGGUUCCUUAUAAAUUCUUCUCGGACCCUUCCGGUCUGAAUGAGAAGCGGAAGCAACGGCGAAUCCGCACCACCUUCACAAGCUCUCAGCUGAAGGAGCUCGAGCGUGUGUUCGCUGAAACGCAUUACCCUGACAUCUACACCCGCGAGGAGCUCGCGCUCAAGAUCGACCUUACCGAGGCCAGAGUUCAGGUGUGGUUCCAGAACCGACGCGCAAAAUUUCGCAAGCAGGAGCGCGCAGCCAACGCAAAGGGCGGCGGAAACACCGGAAACGCCAGUGUUACGUCCAAAAAACCGGGCGAAGCACGCGCAUCAUCCGAGGAUGACGAGUCUAAAGAGUCCACGUGCAGCCCAACACCAGACAGCACGGCGUCCCUACCGAGUUCGGCCAACACCACGGGCAGUCCAGGCGCGAGCAGCCUGAGCCCCAGUCCGUCAUCCGGCGGCUUUGGCAACACCUCCAGCUCGCCGUCUAUGCACCACGCGCUCAAAUCUCCAGCGUGGCCCGGUGUCGGUUCUGCUGCUCCAGCUCCCGCUCCAGACCUGCUGAAAAGCUGGCAGCCCGGAGACAGCGCGAGCGCCGGACCGUUUGCCGGCGUGCUUUCAUCCUUCCACAGAAAACCGGGCGCGCUCAAGACCAACCUGUUUUAAACACACACACACCCACACACACCCACACACACACUUAGCACGUAGUUCACUCUCUUCUCUCCAAUUCUUCCUCCUGAGUUUUAUUCGAUUUUUUUUUUAAUUUCCGUUAGAGCUGGACUCUUAUUUAUAGUUUCAUGUUGGACUCGGCGACGAUUCAAUUCAGACAAUUUUCGCACUUUAUUCAGUGCGGUUUGGGACAGAGCAAGCUCGGUCUGUGUGUAAAACUGCGAGAUGUUCACUACAUAGUGCACUACACUGAAAAAUCUAUAUCUGGUAAGGAAUCCGCAUUUGCUGUGGGGAUUAGGGAUUAUAGAACUGGGCCCUAAAAUAAACACAGAGCAGGUGACACCUUCUGGAUUGGGCGCAUUUAAUGGGUCCCUAAAAACCUGUCUCACAGUCUCACACAUUUAAUAUUCCAAUAUAAUAUGUUUAUACACCUGUAUGAACUUUCAAAAUAUUGAAAUUAAAGUUAGAGAUCGAUUUACGGCGUGUUAGGGAGGAGCUUGGGCGGGUGUUAUGGGCGUGGUUAGGAUGAAGGUGGGGAGUUAUGGUUUAUUUUUUUAGAAAAUGAACAACACUGUUUCACGCCUGAAUGGUUUCUGAUGAAAUAUCAACCAGAAGAACUUCACACUGAAGUCUCACUUUUGGACACAGAGUGCACUACUCGGGCUGUAAAGAACUAUUUUUUAUGAAUUUAAUAGGCCUUUUUAGAAUUCAGCUAAUUUUCCAUAUUAAGUGCAGUAGUAAAUUUUGUAGUGUUCUAAUGACUCAAAGUUCCCUACAUAAAUGCAUUACAUUGUGAGUUCCUCACUGGAGCGUGUCCCAAACUGCUCUUCAAUCCCUCACUUGCACUCUAGAAAAGGUUCUCUUGAGUCAUGCCAUAAAGAGAACCUUUAUUAAUUUUAUAUAUAACUCAUCACACAACACACUCUUUCAGAAAAAAAUAAUAAUGGCAGUAAAUUAUUCCUCAGUUCAUCUGAAGGUUCUUUAUGGAUGGAAAGAUUUAGUUCCUCUGUACGCUUUUCUUUUAAUGUGUUGUAAUGUAGAGGCUGAUUUCUCUGACCCUCUGAUUUCUGCAGCUCGGGCAGUGCACUGUGUGUUCAACGUGGAACAUUUAAGGGUUCUUUAUUCUGUUUUCUGAGAUUCUGCCCAUAAUUCACGAAAAUCUCACACUGCAUCAAAUGAGCCGUUUACCUUAGAACAAAGCGCAAUGCAUCGUGGGCAUAAUUUCUGUGACGUCACUGACACAAACGCCUGAUCUUUUUGCUUUAGCAUUAGCACACGAAGCUAAGUGUUGUCCCAAUCUGAAGUGAUUUAUUCUGCUAUUUACUUUCCCACGAGUGUGAUUUCUCAAACUGAGCAAAUUAGCAUUAAUUUAUUGAAUUAAGGGAGAUACUGGGUUUAUUUUUAAUUUUUUAAGUAAAUGUUAUUACUUCAUUUUUUCAGUAAACCUCCUAAAAUACUAGAACAUGAAAAUAUUUUGUAAAUAUUAAUAUAAAUAUUGGGUAGGUUCUGUUUUUUUAUGUUGCUGCUUCAUUCACACAGCAGCACAGAGAGGCCGCGUCCCAAACCGCACACUUCCUCACUAACUGUGUUUAAAUAACACUCCGAAGUGUUAACCACAACAUUAACACACUGUCAUAUACACUGUUUAGUGCUGAAUUGUGAUUUGGGACACAACCUGUUGAAAGACUUCAUUAAAGGCACUGUGUAAAAGUGGACAAAAUAAACUCCAUUUAAAGCACUGUCUCUGUGUGACCUUGAAAUCUACAAUACACCUUCUUCACCUUUACCUUUCUAUGUAUUUACUCUUAUAAACGGUUAUUAACGCAAAC